AUGACAAGGCCAACGAUCGAAGAGGUUAUGAAUCGUUCAUCUGGGAAAAGAAAACCUGUUAUUAUACCAGCCGAAUCAACAGAUUCUGAUUCUAACAGUGACGAAGAAACACAAUCACUUAAUGCAAGUAGUCUACCAGGGCCGUCGUUACCGUCAACGUCGUCCGUUGCAGACUUUUGGAGAGAAUGCAAUAGUCGCUUCAAUGAACUAGAAGAAUCAGCUCGAAAGGAAGCAAGGAUAUACAAAAAGUCUCGAAAAACACUUGGAAAGGGGAAAAAACCAGACAUGGUAUUGCGAGAGACACUCAAACAGAUCGAAAGCAACCUUAAUUAUCAACUACAGACAGUUGAGAGGAAAAGACUACGACGAAAUCUGAAGACCGCAAAAUCAUUCGAGGCACAGAACAAAAAGCUCAACGAGGAAUUCGAGAUCGCAAACGACGAAGGAAAAGAUACCCCCAAAGCAUUAAAGAACUUGUUGCACGUCUCGGAAGUUCAGCAGAUUCACUCUAUGACAGUGAUGAAACCAUGCUAG